AUGUCGACGCUCGCUGCUUUAUUGAAAAAGACACAUAUCGAGGACGACGAGGAAGUGCUCAAAGCAGCAAAUGUGGCCUUGAAGCAGAACCAGGGCGAUGUCGAGGCCCUGCACGUCAAAGUUGUCGCUUUGCUGAAGCUGGACCGAUACGAUGAUGCUCUACACGCCCUAGACAAUGGUGGCGAGAAGCUGAAGCAGCGGGCUACGCUGGAGCACGCAUAUGCGCUGUACAAGACUGGAAAGCCCGCCGCGGCCGCGGAACUGGCGCAAAAGAGCUCACAUAGAGGACUGCAGCAUCUAGAGGCACAAGCAAGGUACAGGAAUGAGGAAUUCGCUCGUGCGGCGGAUCUUUACCGACAAUUGGCCUCUGACUUGGAAGAAGAUGCGGAGGCAGACUUGAGGGUCAAUUCGGGGGCGGUGGAUGCACAGCUGGAAUGGUCAGGAAAUGGCGACUUGGUGCAGACGAAAAAGCCGGCAAGGGAAGAUCUGGAAGCUUUUGAGACGGCAUACAAUGCAGCUUGUGGGAGUAUUGCACGAGGUGAGCUUGGGCAGGGAGAGGUGCUUCUCAAGCGGGCGAAGGACUUAUGCAACGCCGUGGAGGACAUGACCGAGGAGGAGAAGGAAGCGGAGCUGCUGCCAAUUACUAUGCAGCAGAUAUACGUCCUCUCCAGGCAGGGAAGAUCUGAAGAAGCGGCGAGCCUGGCACGAGGAUUGGAUGUUACCAGUGUUCCGGAUGCGAGCACACGGCAUAUUGCCCAAAUCAACGACGCUGCGGCCUCGUCAUCUACAAAUCCCUUCUUAACGCAAAGGCUGGUAUCCACAGACCUAGACUCCCUCAGGCCCAACUAUCCUUUUGAGUACCAGGCUUCCAUUCUGAGACGGAACGGAUAUGCUUCGGAUCUCUCAGCUCUCAAAUUCAGCGGAACCGCGGCAUCAACCGGGGACAUCCUAGCGGAACAGUCCUCGUCAACGACUGAUGCAUAUUUAAACUCGCUCUCCGUCGUAAACGCUGCGGCACAUGCGAAGAACAGCACAGGAAAGGAGGCAUUGAAGCACAUUCUUCCCAUACUACAAAGACGACCUACCGAUGUUGGAUUGUUCUUAACAAUCGUGCAGCUGUACGUAUUAACUGGCAACGCCAGCUCAGCCAUCGGCCUUGCAGAGGACUUUCUUCCUCGUCUUGAAGCCGCUGAGAAGGAUGUGCGUUUCUCGCCCGGCGUCGUCGGGGCUGUGGUUAGUCUGUAUGAUGACCAAGGUCAGAAAGAGCGCAUACGAGCAGAUUUCGUCAAAGCAGCGUCGCACUGGCAGAAAUCUUCGAGCACCAAACCUGCGGGCUUCACGCACUUGAUCAAAGCUGCAGGCAGUGCGCUACUGGAAUCGCAGGACGAAGCACACCUGCAGCUUGCCCAGGAAAUCUUCGCCGGGCUGUCUUCUCAAGACCCGAGCGAUCGUUAUGCAGCAGCGGGUCUCCUCGCAUCUGCCCCUCAGAAGGCCACAAGAGAGCAACUCUCCACACUAACAUCAAUCGAUCGUUUGGUCAGUGGUAUCGAUAUCGAUGCGUUGGAAAGUGCUGGUAUUGCGCAACCACCAAACACUGGAGUUUCUGCGUCCCGAAAGAGACCUGCAGACGAUGCUAAGCCGAAGAAGCCAAACAAGAUGCGCAAAGGCCGACUAYCAAAGGACUACGAUCCGAGCAAGAAGGCAGAUCCUGAGCGGUGGCUACCCCUCAAGGAUCGCAGUACCUACAGACCAAAAGGCAAGAAGGGCAAGGCUCGCCAGGCGAUGUUCAGUCAAGGGGCUGUUGGAAAUGACAGUGAAAGCAGUAGACCUGCGACACCAGGUGCUGAGGUUCUCAAGCAGAAACAGGCUACCGGCGGUGGCGGGGCGAACAAGAAGAAGAAAGGCAAGGGUGGGAAGUGGUGA